AUUAACUCCUAGUUCCAUUUAAGUACUUCAUAUUUGUUAUCUUUUGCAACCCAUUGUAGCUUAUUGCAUAUUUUGUUAUUCUUUACAAUUGGCAGGUAUGAGUUAGAAGUUAUUGAGAACAUUAUUGAUGAUAUCCUUAAAACGAGUCAUCAACUUUUACAUGUUGGAAAUAACAUCAUUGGAAUGAACCUCCUUUUAGAAAAACUCAAAUCUUUGAUAGAAGUUGAAUCAAAUGAUGUUCGCAUGGUUGGGAUCUAUGGAAUUGGUGGAAUCGGUAAAACUACCAUGAGCAAAGCUAUUUAUAAUGAAAUCUUAACUAAAUUUGAGGGAAUUAGCUUUCUUGAAAAUGUGAGAGAAAAAUCCAAAGAUGAUUCUAGUCUAGUUCAAUCACAACAACAACUUAAUAAUAGUAUCCUAAAGAGAAAAAAUCCAACAAUAAGUAAUGGUCAUGAAGGAAUCCAUGUGAUAAGGAAAAGGCUCCAAACAAAAAGGCUCCUUGUCGUUUUGGAUGAUGUGGAUAAGUUGAAACAGUUGGAAAAUUUAGCAGGAAAACAUGAUUGGUUUGGUCCAAGAAGCAGAAUCAUCAUAACAUCUAGAGAUCAACAUUUGCUGAAUGUGCAUGGAGUUGAUGCAUUACAUGAGGUUAAGGAGUUAAAUCAAAAGGAAGCUACUCAACUAUUUAGCCAACAUGCCUUUCAAAAAGAUCUUCGUGAAGAACAUUAUGUAGAAUUGUCUAAGCGCGUGGUAGAUUACACUAAAGGUGUCCUGUUAACUCUUAAAGUUUUGGGUUCUUUUCUUUUUAGGAAAAAAAUACGAGAAUGGGAAAGUGAAUUAUGUAAACUAAAAAGAAAACCUAACAUAGAUGUCCAAAAUGUUCUUAGGAUAAGCUUUGAUGGGUUAGAUGAUUUUCAGAAGGAAUUAUUCCUUGAUAUUGCAUGUUUCUUCAAAGGGCAAAAUGAGAAUUUUGUUACUAGAAUACUAGAUAGUUGUGGUUUCCAUGCAACUAUUGGAAUAAAAGUUCUUAGUGACAAGUGUCUAAUAACAUUUUUCCAUGGCACCAUUAGGAUGCAUGAUCUAUUACAACAAAUGGGUUGGGAAAUUGUUCGCCAAGAGUAUCCUAGAGAGCCUGGAAAAUGGAGCAGAUUAUGGGAACUUGAUAAAGUCUAUGAUAUGAGAUAUCUCUAUUGGGAUGCAUAUCCUUUGAAAUUCUUACCAUCACAUUUUGAUGGGGAGAACUUGGUAGAACUCAACUUGCAAUCUAGUAACAUAAAACAAAUUUGGAAAGGGAAUAAGAAUUUCUUUUGUCAGUGUUUGCAAGCUUUGAAGGUGGUUGACCUAAGUCACUCAAAGAAGCUCAUCAAAGUGUCAAAUUUCUCAUGCAUGAAAAAUUUGGAGACACUAAUUCUUGAAGGUUGUACAAGUUUGCACUGUGUUGACCAAUCUAUUGGAGUUCUAAAGAAGCUUACUUUACUGAGUUUGAAAGGUAGCAAAAGGCUUAAAAGUUUGCCAAGCACUGUUGAGUGUUUGGAAUCUCUUGAUACUCUUUAUCUCUCAAGUUGCUCCAAUCUUGAAAUAUUUCCAGAGAUCAAAAGGAAUAUGAAACGUUUAUUGCGGCUUGAGUUAGGUGGGACAGCGAUAAAAGAAUUACCCUCCUCAGUGGAUCAUCUCACUGCACUUCAAUACUUGGAUCUGCCUGAGUGCAAAAAUUUGGAAAGCAUUCCAUGCAGCAUAUGUAGGUUGAAGUCUCUUGUGAAUCUCAAUCUUAAUGGUUGCUCAAACUUAGAGGUUUUUCCCGAAAUCUCCGAAAAUAUGAAAAGUUUACAAUGUCUUUUUUUGUGUGAAACGGCUAUAAAAGAGCUACCAUCAUCAAUUGAAAAUCUAGUUGAUCUUCGACUCUUGGUGCCGGAUAAUUGCAAAAACCUUGCAACUCUUCCAAACAGCCUUUAUUAUUUGAGACAUCUUACAACUCCCCGUCUUGCAAACUGUUCAAGACUCCAUAAACAUCCGGAGAAGUGGAACCUGGAAUCUUUAGGUAGUAUUGGUUCGCAAUUGGCUUCCUUGAAGAUAUCUCUAAGAGGAACAAAUAUCCGCAGCAUAUCUGUCGUCAUCACUCAACUUAGUAACCUGGAAUUUCUUGAUAUGAGCCACUGCAAGAUGCUUGAAGAAAUUCAAGGGCUUCCACCAAGUCCACGUGAGAUAAAUGCGUACGGUUGCACAGGCCUCAAAAGCUUAAUCCACUCACAAAUUCAGAUAGGAUUCACCUAUGUACAGAGUUUGGACAUGGAGAAAUAUUUGGAGAUGGAAAGCAGUUCCAUGCAAGGUUAUCUUUGUUUGAAUAAGACUGGCGCCAUUGAAGAAUUUCCCUCCUCAAUGGAUCAUCUCACCCGACUUCAGAAGUUAGGUAUGAGAGUGUGCCAAAACUUGAAGAGUCUUCCGAGUAACACUGGUAGGUUGAAAUUCCUAGAAGAACUCUAUGUCAGUGAUCAUUCAAACCUGGAGACUUCUCUGGAAUCACAGAGAACGGAAAAUAUUAAGGGUCUCAAACUGGACUUGCCGAGUUUGAAAUGGUUAGAGCACUUGUUUCUGAUGGAUGGAACAGUCGCCAAUAAUUUAUGGUGCCUAUCAUCACUAGAAUGUUUAGAUCUAAGCGAAACCAGUAUCCAUCGCAUACCUGCUGGUAUUACUGAAUGUUGUAAUCUGAAACACCUUAUCAUCCGUCACUGCAAGAAACUUAAAGAAAUUCCAAAGCUUCCAUCAAGCCUACUAAGCAUAGAUGCAUACGGCUGCACAGGUCUGGGAACAUUAUCAACUCCAUCAAGUCUUCUCUGGUCUUCUCUCCUCAAAUGGUUCAAGAAAGUUCAGGUAGAUUUUUAUUAA